AACUUUGACAUCACUUAACGCGAAAGCGCGCAUCUUAUCUUACCAUCAAUGGUCCAGGGCAAAACAAAGGGUCUUCAUAGCAAGGUUUCAUCGUCAAGACAAGCUGCUAAGGCCGCUGCUAACCCGAAAAAAGGGAAACGGUACAUCCCACCCAAAAAGACCGCUCUUGUCAGGCAGGCUUCCAUGAGGCAGUCACUGACGGCCAAGAUAAACAAAUCCAUCGAACAGCAAAUGGUAUCUGCUGCAUCAGCCGGCAAACUCUCGAUCAUGAAAAACACCCUCGAUGCGUAUGUCUGAUAGUUCCCGUAUACGUAUUUACCCAUAUUCUGCGCAGCGAACCACCCAAGGUGACUCCGAGUGGAAAAACCUCCAAGUCUUGACAGUUCGUGUGCUGUUGCUGGUGUGAUUUUACGGAUUUGACCCUCGAGUAUUCCGUCGGGACGAUAAGGCUCCGCGUGGCCAAUCGACAUACGCAGUUCGCAUGUCAUUUGAGUGACCGGAUAUCAAGCAGCACCACAGAGAAGGUUGAUGGACGACGGUAUAUUAUAAAUGACUAUAGCAUGCUUGAACAAUUGCAAGAUAUAAACAAUUGCAAAAUAUAAC